UAUGGAUAUAAACCAUCAAACAGACCAUGGUCAACGCUUUACCUCAUCUAUUCUCCCACCAUAUCGAAUAUUUGGUCCGUUAACCAAAGCACCUUCUUGCUGCACCAAGUCUUCAGUGACUUUCCUAGCUCGUAGAAAGCAACUUCGUCCAGCCAGUUGCUCAACACGUCACCUUUUGACAACCUACUUUGGUCUGGACUGUUCUCUCGUGUAAACGCAGCCUUAUCAGUGAAAUUGAGUGAGUUCGGGAAAGCAGAAGGAUCUAAAUUACUAGAGAGAGCAAGAAAAUCACCGAUCCACAAACGUGUCAACAAUCUCAUUGGGAAUAAAAUGCAGUGAGAUUUCGGUGUAUGUGAAGUGACUUGUGUUAUUCCUUGUGUUUUUUUUUGUUUUAAAGUUUUCGAGUUUAAAAUCUAGCAACAUGAAAGGAAGGGAAAAGCUUUGUGCCAAAUUGUCCAGUGCUUUCCUGAGGAAGUGGUGGUUCGUCGUCGCUGCAGCAGUAGGAACAGUCAUCUUCGGUAUACUAGUAGUUAUAUUCUUCCCAAGUUGGGUCAAACUAAUCAUACAUCAUGAAAUCGUCCUGAGAAACGGUUCGCAGGCUUUCGGUUGGUGGGCUAAACCUCCAGUUGAGCCAACGAUAAAGGUCUACAUCUACAACGUAACCAACGCUGAUGAAUUCCUCAACAACGGUUCGAAACCCAUCGUCGAGGAGCUGGGUCCCUACGUUUAUAUUGAAACAUGGGAGAAGAAAAACCUCAGAUUCCACGACAACGGUACAGUAACAUUCAACCAAGAAAAAAUAUACAUAUUCGACGAAAGCCAAUCAGCUGGAUCUGAAGACGAUGUAGUGGUAGUGCCCAACAUUCCUAUGCUGAGUGCCACUUCACAAUCGAAACACGCAGCUAGAUUCCUUAGACUGGCUAUGGCAAGUAUAAUGGACAUUUUGAAAAUAAAACCCUUCGUUGAAGUGACAGUAGGACAACUCCUAUGGGGAUACGAAGAUCCGUUGUUGAAACUGGCCAAAGAUGUCGUUCCAAAGGAACAAAAACUUCCUUACGAGGAAUUUGGACUUUUAUACAAUAAAAACGGAACAUCUAAGGACAACGUUACAGUGUUCACCGGAGCUAACGAUAUCACCCAGUAUGGAUUGAUUGACAAAUUCAACGGAAUAUCUCACUUGAGCCAUUACAAGACUGACAAAUGUAACAGCCUGAAGGGUUCUGACGGUUCAAUCUUUCCUCCUGACAUUACUAAAAAUACCACACUUUAUGUGUACGACAAGGACUUGUGCAGAAAAUUGCCUCUUGUAUAUGUUGAAGAUAUAGUAGGAAGCGAUAAUGUGCCUGGAUACAGGUUCUCUCCACCUAAGAAUGUAUUCGCUGGCGUCGACGAAAACCCAGAAAACGACUGUUUCUGUCCCCAUGGACCUCCUUGUACACCAGCUGGUUUCUUUAACGUUUCAUUAUGCCAAUACGAUUCUCCUGUCCUGCUAUCAUUCCCACACUUCUAUUUGGCUGAUGACAAAUAUAGAACGGCAGUGGAAGGAAUUUCCCCACCAGACCCAGAAAAACAUAUGUUCUUCUUGGACGUUCAACCUCUCAUGGGUGCCCCAUUAAGAGCCAAGGCUAGAAUUCAACUGAACUUGGCAGUAUCACAAGUUGUGGACAUCAAACAAGUAGCAACUUUCCCUGACAUCAUCUUCCCCAUCAUGUGGUUUGAAGAGGGUUUGAAUGGUCUUCCAAAACAAAUGACGAACCUUAUGGGCUUGGCUACCACAGUUCCUCCUGUAGCUCAUGUAGCUCUAUCGGUAGGAGUAAUAGUAGUGGGAUUGCUCCUUCUUCUCGUAGCUGUAUGGAGGUUGGUGAGAGGAGCACACAGGCUGAGUUCUCUGCAAUUAGCACCUGGGCACGUUGGAUCGCAAACUAAGAAGGAGAAAGACGUUCCCAUGAACAACGUCAAUAAAAAUUAAGAGAAACGAAUACAUAUUGUUUGAAUCGACAUCAGGGUGGACGGAAAAUUUUCUCUUAUUUGACUACUUAAAAUAAUGCAUGAACCAGACGAUUUUUCGACUUUCAGGAAUCAAAUUCAGGCUAGGAGUAUCAAAAAAAUGUAUAUCGCUAGUAAUCGCCGAUUGGUUUGAGAGUUGAAGCCAUAAAAAACCAUCCAUCACGACAAAUGAACAAUUUCGAUUUUUGAAAAACGAAGAUUUCCUGAAAAUUUAUGAAAAUAUCGACAAAUAUAGGUGCUACUGUGAUAACGUCUACUUCUUUCUAUGAGACAAGAUCAUUUUCUUUUCAUUUGAUCCUCUUGUUACAUGAAAUUUGCUAAAUCCGAUUCCAACUGAAUGAAAAAAAAAACAAAAUAAAAUGCAGAAAUUUUCAAAAACUGUAAAUUUUCACGGAACACAGUAUUUAAUUUUGCUCAUUGUAUAUAUUUUCAAGUUUUGUGAACAGUUUCUACGAUUUUUAGAUAGGUAUUUUUUUAAGGUUAGGUAAUAUUUGUGCAUAUUAGUGUUAAGUACAAAAUCUAUCCUUAUUGAAUUGAAGGUUUUGGGGCCAUAUUAAGGUCAAAUCUCGGUAAUAAUGUGAUUUUAGUAAUUUAGAUCAUUUCGAAUGGAGGUAUUGAAAAAUUAUUCAAAAUCAUGAAUUAUAAUACCUCUAUCAUACCAUCAAAAUAUUGGAAAGUUUAUUAUUUGUUCUAGAUUUUUGUUAAUAUGUUUUUAUCCAUUUUUUAUAGAUUGAUUAUAAAAUACCAACCUUAUUAGUCAAUAAAUAUUUAUAGAAAA